UCCUCUCUUGUAUGAUUGUACCAUUACAACUCCAGCAAGGCCUCAUCACCAUUCCUCUGUCCAUUUUCCUCCAAUCUUAACUCGCAUUAUCACCAUGAAAUUGAUAAAAGUUUUCUUCAUUCUGUCGGUGGUCAUGGCUUUAAUCAUGGGUGUCACAGCUACUUCGAACCAUAAAGAAGAUGAUGAAGAAGAUGAAGUACUACUCAUUGAAGCUGAUCAAGUCGAUACUGUUUCUGAGGGCCCCUUGGCUGAGAACCAAGAAGUACUUUCUUCUUCUCCUCCUCCUCCACCUCCUCGAGGAAUAGGUCGGCUUUUAAGGCAGAAGAAGAAAGCACAGAAACGCCGAUUGACCUGCAACAAAUACCCGUGGAUAUGUCACGCCAAAGGGAGCCCAGGGCCAGACUGUUGCAAGAAGAAAUGUGUGAACGUAUUGACGGACCGCCUCAACUGUGGGAUGUGUGGGAGGAAAUGCAAGUACACCGAAAUAUGCUGCAAAGGCAAAUGCAUCAACCCAUCCUUCAACAGGAGGCAUUGCGGUGGAUGCAACAACAGGUGCAAAACUGGGGAGUUCUGUGCAUUCGGAUUAUGCAACUAUGCCUAGAUAAUACAGAGCAUUAGCUUCCACCUCGAAAUUCAGAUUCUUCUCUUCAACUCUAAACCAUAAAAAUGCAAGCCUUAUAUAGAAUUAAUUUUGUUCUUAAUUCUUAUAUAUAAAUGUAGAUGAUCGAUGUAACAGCAUUCAAAUUUCUGUCAAAUAAUGUAACGUCGAUUUCUUCA